UAUUACAAGAUUUCUACCUUUGACGUAUGAAAAGAUGGUGACCUACUGAUAAAGAAGUUUUGUGAUAACGAAAAUCGUGAGUGUUUAAAAGAUAUUUUCAAAGUAAAUAUAUUAAUAGAAUAAGGAACAGGCGAUGCACCGGAGCUGGAUCACAUACGAAACAAUCCAUUUUAAUUAUAUCCGUAAAAAUAAUACAUGUGGUAGAAUUAUGAAUUCUUAUGAAUUACUAUAUUAAAUUUUCACAAUGUCCCAUUGUGAAGAAGAAGUAGCAUCAUCUGGUUUUCACCAACUAAGUAUUACAAUUGAGGGUGCUAUAUUAAGAAGCUCAACGUUUCUCAAACCUAAUCCUUACAUAGAGUUUUCCGUUGACGACAAAAGACCCAGAAAAACGGAAGUUUCGAAAUCUACAUAUCAACCAAAAUGGAACGAAGAAUUUACAGUACUCGUGACGCCGUAUUCGCAAUUACACUUUCGCCUGUUAGACCAUAGUACAUUUCGAAAGGAUACGUUAAUAGGAGAGAAAAGAAUAAAUCUCUCCCAAGUGUUGUCUCAUUACAAUGGAAAACUAGAGAAUAUGGAAGUAACUUUCGAUCUGAUGAGCGAAAAUAAACACGAUUCGCAGUUAUGUAAGGUUGGAGAGUUGAUCACAGUAUUCGACGGGCUAAGAAUUAAUAUGCCAAAUGUACAAUCGUUAAAUAUUAGCGAACCAUCGUGCCAGACCCAAUGUGUAUCUUCCGAUGGUGUUACAAACAAUGAUACCGCUAGCAAUCGUAGCAUUCUUAACGGAGGAGUUCGCGCUCGUAUGAGAUUAUACGGAGUUGAAAACGUUACACCAUCCGGUUUUCGUGAAUUGACAAAUACUUAUCAUAAUUCUAAUUACACUACUGGAAACGAUCAGUCCAGUGCUGAUAAAGACGGCGAACAAAUCGAACCUGUAGCAUCAAAUUCUUUAUCGAAUGGACACGUAGUAUCGCCUGUUGUAGAUAAAUCUGUUGUUUCCUUGUCAGGACGUCACACAAUAUCUUUACUAGAUGGACGUCAAAUGCCUCAAAUAGAACAUGCCUCUACACCAGGAACGGUGGAUAGACGAAUCGGUAUGUGCGCGGAACAGUUUUCGAAGAUGUCUGUCUCGGAUGGUCGUAACGCUUCUCAAAUAGAGCAACCAACGUUGCCUGGAACUGCUGGAGUAUCCAGAUCGGACCAAAUACCUACGAGUAAUACAGACAUACGUUCGCAUAACAGAGCAGAACAGUCUGCUUCUAGCGGACGUACCUCUAGAACAGACCAAUUAAUACCUACACCUGUCUCGGAUAAUUUCACAACUAUCAGAUCAGAUCAACCAACUACUCCUUUGAUAGACGGAUGCAUACCUUCUAGAGUAGAUCAACCUACAACUUCUGCGUUAACAGAUAAUCAGGGAAUUCCUCAAACAGAACAGUCCACGGUAUUUACGUUACCAGAUGGAUCUUGUAUUACUCAUCCGGAGCAGCCGACAGCGUUUCACAUCGCUCGUACGAUCGCUCGUUCGAAUCCUCGAAUAGUGCAACGCGUAGCUUCGUUGACCGAUUCCGAAGAACCUUUACCAUCUGGCUGGGAAAUGAGAUACGACAUCUAUGGAAGAAGAUAUUACGUUGACCAUAAUACGCGAAGUACUUCUUGGGAGAGACCGCAGCCUUUGCCACUAGGAUGGGAAGUUCGCCGAGAUCCAAGAGGUAGAAUUUAUUAUGUGGAUCACAAUACGAGAAGCACAACAUGGCAAAGACCAAACACCGAAAGGUUACAACACUUUCAACAAUGGCAAGGUGAAAGACAACACGUGGUACAACAAGGUAACCAACGGUUCCUUUACCCUCAAGCUCACGGAAGCCAAACAGCUGUAGCAGGACCCUCGACAUCAACGGCCGACGAUGAUGAUGCUUUGGGACCGUUACCCGCUGGCUGGGAGAGACGUAAACAACCAGAGGGAAGGGUUUAUUAUGUAAAUCAUAAGAAUCGCACUACACAGUGGGAGGAUCCGAGGACUCAGGGGCAGGAGACUGGAAUCGACGAACCGUCGUUACCGGAUGGCUGGGAAAUACGAUUGACCGAAGAUGGAGUACGAUAUUUUGUAGAUCAUAAUACAAGAACAACUACAUUCCAAGAUCCAAGACCUGGUGCACCUAAAGGUCCAAAAGGAAUUUAUCGUGUGCCGAGAGCAUACGAAAGAUCAUUCCGAUGGAAAUUGUCACAGUUCCGUUUCUUAUGUCAAACAAACGCGUUGCCAAAUCACAUAAAAAUUAAUGUAAAUCGGCAAACGUUGUUCGAGGAUUCUUAUCAUCAAAUAAUGAAUGCAGAGGCUUUUGCAUUAAGACGCAGGUUAUACAUAAUAUUUAAGGGAGAGGAAGGAUUAGAUUACGGUGGUGUAUCUAGGGAGUGGUUUUUCUUGUUGAGCCACGAAGUAUUAAAUCCAAUGUACUGCCUAUUCGAAUAUGCCAAUAAAAGUAAUUAUAGCUUGCAAAUUAACCCAGCAUCUUAUGUCAAUCCUGACCAUUUACAAUAUUUUAAAUUUAUCGGAAGGUUUAUAGCAAUGGCCCUUUACCAUGGACGAUUUAUCUACAGCGGCUUCACUAUGCCAUUUUACAAACGUAUGUUAAACAAAAAAUUAGUUAUGAAAGAUAUAGAAUCGAUCGAUCCAGAAUUCUAUAAAUCUCUUGUGUGGAUAAAAGAAAACAAUAUUGACGAAUGUGGCCUCGAACUGUAUUAUAGCGUUGAUUUUGAAAUUCUUGGUCAAGUAAUACAUCACGAAUUAAAAGAUGGCGGCGACAAAAUUAGGGUUGUCGAAGAUAACAAAGAAGAAUAUAUUAGGUUGAUGACAGAAUGGAGAAUGACAAGAGGUAUAGAGGAUCAAACUAAAGCUUUUUUGGAAGGUUUUAAUUCGGUAGUACCAUUAGAGUGGUUAAAAUAUUUUGAUGAACGGGAAUUAGAACUUAUGCUUUGCGGUAUGCAAGAAAUAGAUGUGGAAGACUGGCAACGUAAUACAAUUUACAGACAUUAUACACGGAAUAGUAAACAAAUUUUAUGGUUCUGGCAGUUUGUAUCAAGAUCGGAUAGCGAAAAACGAGCCCGACUCUUGCAAUUUGUGACAGGGACUUGUCGAGUACCUGUUGGAGGAUUCGCAGAGUUAAUGGGGAGUAACGGGCCUCAAAGGUUUUGCAUAGAAAAAGUAGGAAAAGACACGUGGUUACCGAGAUCGCAUACAUGUUUCAAUAGAUUGGAUUUACCACCAUAUAAAAGCUACGAACAAUUAGUGGAAAAGUUAAAUUAUGCAAUUGAAGAAACAGAGGGUUUUGGUCAAGAAUAAUUGCAGAUAUGCUUUGCUAAAUGUAACAUGCAACUAUGUAUGCAAUGAUCAAAACAGAUCUAAUAAUACGAGGUUAUGAUAUUUUGAUUCUUUUUAUUCUCAGUAAUAAUAUAUAAUUUCUAAAUACCGUCAAUUUAGAGUUCAUAAAUAACGGUAAGCGAGGUAUAGUAGAAAUAUUAUUGAUUCUACGUAAUGUUUCCGUAAUAGUUUUAAUUCGAUAUGAUUUCUUUAAAUUUCUAUUUCAUUUAUUUUAUACAUUGUGAUUAAAAGCAAGAAUAUGAGAUUCGUAGAAAAUAUCAAUGAAACGCUAAUUUCUACGUAUACGCAUAGUAAAAUAUUUAUAGACAUUUUAUAGAAUAACAUGAAAACAAAGAUGCCAAAACGAGUAUACUGUAAAUGAUAUUCUUUUAAUUGUUUAGUGUUACGAUAUUAACAUUUUUUUAUUCUUUAAUAAAAAUUUCUAAUGACUUUUCGAAUCUAUUCGUUUGGAAAACAAUUCUUUUUAAUCUAUGUAAUUUUAACUAUUUUGUCUCGAUAAAAUUAGGACUGACUUUAGAGCAAUUUAUUGAUGCUUUCUACGAUGUGUCAAUGACGUUGCCUAAAUAUUGACAGGCUUGAAAAUUUCGAUAAUAAAUAUUGUACAUAUUGAACUAUUAAUAUACUGUAUAUUACGUGAUAAACAGUUAACAAUUUCAUGUUUUAUCCUGACUACUUAGUCAUAAAAUAUUAUUAUUAUUCUGUACAUAUCAUACAAUAAACAUUGAAUUAAUUUUCAGUAAAUUUUGUUUACAAAAAUAAGGAAUGUAUGUCGUUCGACAUGUGUAUUUUAUUCUUCUUCUUCUUGUAGUUAACGUUAAACUAUAAUCAUGUUUGUUAUUACAGGUUUGGUUAUACCAUAUGGUAUUUCUUUUACCGGCUAUAGAAUAAAUCUUGUAAUAAAUUAAUAUCUGUGAUAUCAAACAUGUUCAAUUUAUAGGAUCGUAAACAUGGAAUUUGUUAAUUUGUUUAUGAACAAUUUAUGUACGUACACGUACAUAUAUAAAUAAGUAUUGUAACUAAUGUAAUAAAUAAUUAAUGAAUUAAUAUAUAUGUAUGUAUACAUUUAACAAGCAUGCAAUAUAAAAUUGUAUAUGUGUAUACACGAAUUAAAUAUAUGGAAUGCAUACCGCUACAGUAACUUAAUAUUUACAAGAAAAAGUAUGAAAAAUUUAUAAUACUAUUUAAAAAAUUAAAUAAAUUUAGUGAUUCGUU